GCGCGGAGCCAAUGGGGUGGCGGCGCGGCGCGGCGGCGCGGGCGUCAUGCUGCUGUCGCCGGGGCUGCGGGAGCGCGUCUCGGCCGUGCACGGCGGCGCGGCCCUGUCCGAGCGCCUGCGCCUCUACGACGGCUGGGCCGCCCGCUACGAGCAGGAUGUGGCCGCGCUGGAGUACCGGGCGCCGCACCUGGCCGCCGCCUCGCUCGCCUUCGCCUUCCCCGCGCCGCCCGCCGAGGCGCUGGUCCUCGACGUGGCCUGCGGCACCGGCCUCGUAGCCCAGGAGCUGCAGGGCCGGGGCUUCCGCCAGCUGCACGGCGUGGACGGCAGCGCGGCCAUGCUGGAGCGGGCGCGGGGCACCGGCCUCUACCAGGAGCUGCGGCGCUGCGUCCUGGGCCCGGAGCCGCUGCCCGGGCCCGCAGACCGCUACGACGCCGUGAUGGUGGUGGGAGCGCUCGGCGAGGGACAGGUGCCCUGCUCCGCGGUGCCGGAGCUGCUCCGCGUCGCCAAGCCAGGAGGCUUUUUGUGCCUGACGACGAGGAGCAGUGUUUCGAACCUGCCUUACAAGGCUGAGCUGCAGCGAGUGCUGGACAGCCUGGAGCAGCAAGGUGCCUGGGAGAAGGUCUUGGCCCAGGAAGUAGACCAGUGGGAGAGGGCCACGUCCAAGGAGGAGAGCACCCAGGGCACAGACUACAUCUCCGGGGUGAUCUAUGUUUAUCAGAAGUGCCCAGUCCCGCCUGUUGAGGAGGGUUAAGGGCCCAAAAUGGCUCAGGGAAGGGAGGUUGAGUAUUUGGCCCUUGUAAAUUCUCACCCUGUUUUGUGUGCCUUCCACCCUGCUAAGCCAAGCAACCCCGUCCCAGAGCAGGGCCUCAGCUGUGGGGGUGACGAUAUUUCUGGGGAGCUGUCAGAGCCAUGAGCUAGAGCAGCAGCCUCCUGUAUUCAGCACCUCCUUAUGUCACCUGCUUGUCUGAGCUCUCUGCUCUUGGAGGCUCAUCGCCUUCCUCCCCCAGCUUGCAAGUGUUCCUUUGCCAGAUCCUCCUCUGCAGCUCAUCUGAACUCUGGCCAGCUCGUGGCCCUGAAGUGGCUCCUGCUUACUCCUGAGGAACUGCUUACUGCCAAAGCUUCCCUCAUUCCCCUUCACUGGCUCCUUUCCUGAGGUCAGAGCCCUGGGGACCUUGCUUCUCAGCUUAGGGAGGCUCUGCAAGUUUCACUAGGGUCUCCUGGACCUUAGCUCUGGCCUUCAGGUACCUUCCCCAGCACAUUUGUUCCCAUCCUUGCUAUGACAUCUUGCAGAUCUGCCUGGCUGGAUAGAGCUGUCUCCUGUCUGGGUUGCCUCCUCCCUAUAUUGUCCACUUCUCAGCCCUCGUAUAUGGCUGUGGUCACACUCUGGAUCCUUCUUCAUUUGGUACCCCAGCUGGGUACCAUUGCUGGUGGGUCCCCAUUGACACAUGCUGCAGUCUUCCUCUUCAUCCUCCCUGGACCCUCAUCUCUACCAAGAACUAAUUCAGUAAUUACAGCGGGUCAUACCCUGAAGAGCAGGAGGCCUUGGAGUCUGAACUAGGAACUGCUAUGCUGGUGUAACGCCCAGCCUAAACCAGCUUUCAAAGUGCCACAUCCGGCCUUUCAUCCCUCAAUAGCUGUUUAAGCUCUCAUUUUCCUACAACUUGGUAGUUAAUGGUCUGUAUGGAAAAUGAGGCUGGAAGAGACUUCAGGAGGUUGGUGGCUGCUCCCUACCCAAGAGCCGGCUCUGCCAGGCCGUGCUCAUCUCCUUGCUUGCCUGGCCUGUUCCCCAAGCCCCUUGUGGUGGUGCUUCCACCCCCUCCUCUUUGAGUGCUUCCUUGGGAAGUUUUGUACUCAAAUCUCUUGCUGGGAUUUCUUGUUUGUUUGUUUUUUAGGCCUGUUACAGCUCGUCCUGUUCCCAUGGACAUGGAGAACAGGUUAUCUCCUUCCUCUUGAGGUCUUCCCCAGUUGCAGAUGAUAGUUGUGUGUCCCUGCAGUUCAGGCUGAGCUGCCCCAUUUCUUUCAGUCAUGUCUAGUGGUUUGUGUUUGCUCUGUGUCUACCCUGAUCCAGCCAAAACUCCUGGGAGCUCAGCCUAGAGAGCCCGCAGGUCUGUCCCUCAAGCUUAGAAAUACCCAAAUGCUUUUGUGGCUGUGCCUGUCCUAGCGAUCAUGUGUCUCCAGCUGAAGCCAGGCCCAUGUCAGAGGCACACUCAGCCUUCCCUGUUCUCCAGGAGUUGCCAUCCACUCGUGGCUGGGCUGGGAUCUGCAUUUAACCCCCAGGUUCUUUCUGCUCGGCUGGUUCCAGUCCUGUCCCUGGGGUUCCCCCAGCACAGUGCUGCACACGGGUGCUGCUGGCACAGCUGUGCCUGCCACCUGCUCGGUGGUGGGGCACGCUGUGGUGGUGGCUGGCAGCCACACCACCCUGCAGGCAGCUGCCUGCCCUGCUCUGCUUUCCCCCACUCCUUUUUCUUCUUAUGCUCUGCUUUCCCCCACUCUUUUUUUUUGUUUGUUUUUUUUCCUUGUCUUAUGUUACCUGCACACCAUUCCCUGGGCAUCAAGUCAGACAGGCAGUGGGGGGUUGUGGUUGUCCUGAUCUCACACUUGACAUGUCAAAUAAAUGCUCUGCCUCUGC